CUACUUGCGUCACAAACAUCCGGAAGGAAUGGCGUCGCUGGGAAAUGUAGGAAGAACAGCGUCCAAAAGUACUAAGAUUUGAAUUUAAUAGUUUAAUCUAAUGUUUGUCUAAUCUCAUGAUUUCGAAUUCAUGCAGAAUUGUCCACUUUGGCAUCCCGUACAAAACGCUAGCGUAGCUUACUUGUCAGUAUGGAUUCCAACGGGGUUCCACAUGGCAAUCAGGAUACGACGAAAAAUUACGAAGAACAAGAUCUGGAACAGGACUUCAGGUCUUCAGAACUAGGAACAAAACAAUAUUGGGAUGGUGCCUACCAAAGAGAGUUACGGACCUACAAAGACAUCGGGGAUGUUGGAGAAAUAUGGUUCGGUGAGGAGAGCAUGAACCGUUUGAUCAAAUUUCUAAGGAAAGAAAACGUCGAAACUGAUGCUGCCAUACUCGACGUUGGAACGGGGAACGGAAUUCUUCUUGUUGAAUUGGCUAAAUCUGGAUUCACAAACCUUACUGGCAUAGAUUAUUCUGCAGCUGCAGUAGAACUGGCCAAAAAUGUACUGGAACAAGAGGGUCUGUCCAAUGUGAAAGUUAUGGAGGUGGAUUUCUUGAGUUGUCCUGCGAACCUGACCGGAUUUGACGUGUGUAUGGACAAGGGCACUUUCGAUGCCAUCAGUCUGAACCCGGACAGCACUGUGGACGGGAAGGCGCACUACCUGAAGGCCCUGCAGUGGGCGCUCCGCAAGGGAGGCCUCUUUGUCAUCACUUCCUGUAACUGGACCAAGGAGCAGUUGCUACACUUCUUCAAACAGGAAUUCGAGUUCCAUCAAGAGCUGCCCACGCCCAGCUUCAUGUUCGGAGGGAAGACCGGCCACAGCGUGACAGCCUUGGUCUUCAAACGUCUGCACUGAGCGCCGCCACGUUACGCCAGGAUCUGCUGUCAGUUUCCAUGGAUAUUUCAGUAAAAACAUUCAUGUGUGAGACCUGGUGCCUCUAAACGAUGAAGAAUGAGGUUUGCGGUGCCUAACGGGCAUUUAUUUAUGACAGUCACAUGUGUGCCCACACACACGGAUAGACAUUUUUUUUAUGUUUCUGUAAACCUAAUGUUCUGCAAUGUUCUUUGUAGAAAUGUUUCAGUUUCUUGUUAUGGCAAGACAACAACAGGUAGGUGGAUUUUCAGUCCAGGAACAAUACUUUUCGAUAGAUUUACACCGUCUCACUGCCAUUUAUAAUGACCUUUUAUUCAAUUUUACACUUUGUAUUCAGGGUACCAUCUCUGAAUUAUACACAGUAAUAAUGCUAUUUCAUAAAAUUUGCAAAGGGGUCAAGUUAAGCAGGCGAACAGGAGAUUUUAACAGUUCUUUAAUAUUACUAAAAAAGUUUGACUAUACCUGGGAUUGCCCUGGUGCUACAAAUACCAGAGUUGGACAUUCUGCUGCUGUGCAUGUUUAGACAUCCAUAGUGCAGGUGAAAGACGUUGCAAACUGCAAUUGUGCCUCCAGUCUCUGAACCAAACAAUAGUAUUGAUGGGGGAAAAAAAUAGUACAUAUAAUGGUCACAAGAAGCAAUGUUGCCAGGUCAGGGUUCAACGAUAAUGUUUGCCAGGGGCAAGUGCAAACAGGUAUUGAACAAGUGAAAUGUCAGGGCUGUUCAGGGCUGAUUCACAGUUCAGCAAGUGCAAGUCUCCAUUUGGCACCACUAAAUGAGCGCAGAAGCUGAGUUGUGAGAGGGAAAAUAAGACCAGCACCACGUUGUGUUGUGAGACUCCCGACCAAUCAGAGAUCUGGAAUGUUUGGUCACUAUCUGUCACUGUUUACGUAAAUUAUUGAUUGUUGUCAAUUCCUAAAUCUCUAAUACCUAAUCUCAGAUGACUCCUCUUGUAACAAUCUUCUAUUUUUGAGGUUGUUGUUUUGUCUUCCUAAAUCUGAAUAUACCAGAUAAUAAAUAACUUCAAUAUUA